AUGGAGAGAAGAAGCCAGCCUCACAUGCCCUUUGCUGCAAAGAAUCUGCCCGUGGAAGUCAUACCAACCUGGAGUCUUCGAGCAGCUCCAAGCCUGUUCCAUGUCUGUUUUCCAGUCAGCAUGGCCAGAAGUGGUGUUGCCCAACUGGCAAACCUGACUGUGGAUGAAGCCAUUGCUCCAGAAGAGAAAAAGUUUAGAAAGACCUGCCAGGCUUUGAAAACAUCAAGAGACACAUCACACAGCUAUUUUUCAGCAGCUACUACAUCAAAGAUGUUAGACAAACUCAAUAGACUAAGUAAAAAACACCUUGCUGAGGCUGCAGCACAGAAAGGAAAACAAAAGAGACAGGACAGGUUACCAACCACAUAUCAAACCUUUCGGGAUAUCGGUGAAAUGCUGAUUAAAACAGAUCCUUUACUAGAAAAGUCUAUACAGUUUGUACUGAGGAACAAUUUACAUGAAAUAGAGGAGUGGUGUGUUGAAGUACUCAAGCAUUGCACUGCAGGGGCUCUGGAUAAUUACCUCCCAAGGACAAGAGUUCAUGGAGGAUAUCUCACUGUCAAAAGAGGAGUAGGAAAAUGUGGAGGAAUUUUUUGCACUUGA